UAUGUAUGCAGCGCCCUGGAUCUCCCGGCGGCACCGUGCCGCUACCAUCGCGACGUCGAGCGUCGGGCCACCGGGGCGUCAGUCGUUGCCCGCGUAGGGGCGAAAGCGCACCUUUUUGAACAGCUCUGUUUUCCUCAUUUUCGUUGCAAACGGUCAAUGCGCCGCAACCAUUCACCGCGUGUCCUCAGCGUGUUUUUGUGACAGUUAAAAAUACAUUACAACCCCAGAGGGACGCCGCGCGUACCCGACAUUCGAAAUAGCGACGUUGGAACCGAAGAAGAAUUUGAAAAAAACAUAUUUGAAGAAAUAAAGUUUUGAAUUGAAGUUUUUCAAAAUUGAUCCUUUCGUUGAUAUGGUAAUCAAAUUUCUGUGAAAAAAUUUGUGGGAUAAAUAUCUGAUCUGAUCAGUGGGUCGGAUGACAUCUAUUUUUUAAUUCUGCUUCCGAUUCGACCAUCGUUAGAAGUAAUAUUAAUAUUAUCAGUAAUAAUAAUACCGGCGUACAACUACGAUACGAGUGCGGAAAGCCUCGUGGGCACGAGGAGUGCAAUCAAUAAGUGAGAGGAGACCGACUGGCGGGUAGAGAAGAGCGAAGUGCGAAGAGAAGAGAAGAGAAGAGAAGCGAAGAGAAGAGAAGAGGGUCGGCACAGCAUCCAGCCGUUGGAUACGCCCGGCGUCGAGUAUACCGGGCAGGGAGCAGAGCCAGGAUCUGUGAGAUGACAGGGCGACACUAGCAUGCUGGAUAAGCGGCGGCUCCACGCUCCAGGGUCGCCGCCAUGCACCCUUCUAUUUGUGGCAGCCCUCACGAUAACAGGAUGUCUCUCCUUUUGGUUACUGAACGGUUGUCCGGGUCCCCCACUGCUGGUGUCAUCUCCGAUGGUCGCUCAAUCACCUGCUUACGUUUUGAUACUGCCAGGAAACGGGUCUGUCCACCCUCGACCUUAUGUCCUGAGCGAACUUCCCCCCGAUGACGAAACUACUCUUAUAGACGUCAGAAAUUUUCGUUUCGUCAUCAAUCACGAACCUUGCAAUAAAACUCAACCUUUAUUGCUGAUGCUGAUUCAUUCGGCACCGUCGAAUAUACCAAAGAGAAUGGUCAUCAGGGAAACCUGGGGACAAAGAAGAAACGGAGCUAUCGUACUAUUUCUCAUUGGUACGGAUGAUAAGUUACAAAAUCAAAUCGAAGAAGAAGAUAAAAUCUACGGUGAUAUUGUUCAAGGAAAUUUUAAGGACGCCUACAGAAAUAUGACCUAUAAACACGUCAUGGCACUCAAAUGGGCGACCUAUCAUUGUCCGGGUGCAAAGUACGUGUUGAAGCUCGACGAUGACGUGUUCGUUCACACACCUGCUAUGUUGGAGUUCCUAUCGCACGAUUUAUCCCCCUGGGGUGCGCGACGUCUGAUUCUCUGCGAUUUGAUGGCAAUGGCGAUGGUUAAACGAUCAUGGAGAUCGAAGUGGAGGGUAUCGCCGUUAGAAUAUCCCGGUAAAACUUAUCCCGUAUACUGCGCUGGUUGGGCGAUUAUUUAUUCACCCGAUAGUGUAUUUUCACUGUACAGAGAAGCUCAAAAAGAAUCUUACUUCUGGAUAGACGAUGUUCAUAUAACCGGUACUUUAGCGAAAAAAGUUAAUCUUACACAGACCCCGUUGAAUUCUCUUAUAUUAAAAAAGGAGAGGUUGAAGGCUGUAUUAGAGAAACAAAAUUCACCUGGUGACUUUUUAUUCGGUCCAGCAAAUAUGGCGGAGUCUGAUAUAAGGGCGCUGUGGUACAUCGUCACAUCGAAACCAUGGCCUAGUUUUAAUUGAGGGGCUUAAAACAAUUUAUAGUCAAAUAUUUAAAUACAUAGAAUAAAAAGUUUGAAGAAAUUUAGAAGAAAAACAGCAAUGCGAGACUCGGUGGGUUCUUUCACCAAUUUUCGUGCAGGUGGAAUCCUAAUAGAACGUUCUCGUUAUCAUUAUAACGCGAGAGGGAAAAAUUGUGAAGAAUUAAAAAGAAACUAGGGAGGGCGGGGUAAAAGAAAUAACUAUUUUAUAAACUCCGCGACAGGGUCCAUUACUCUUAGAUAAAAUAAACUUUACUGUAGAAAAUUCCUGUUCGAAGUUCUUUGAUUCAAAGUUUCUCUCACAUCCGGUGUCUGCAACGUACGUUGAGCCUAAUUAAAAAUCUACUUCUUUCCUCUUUGUUCGUUUGACAGAGACAAAUUAAACAUUUGUUAGAAACGGAAUGUGAUGUGCGGUUACGAAUGAGGGAAAAAAAAAAUGGGACGAUAGAAUUACGAUAUUAGAAAAUUGCACAAACAAUUGUCAUGCGACGACGAAUAUGAAAAGUCUCGCUUUUUUUUUCGGCUGUUCAAUCAUACCACUACGUAAUUAUUGAGAGGUAAAAUUGAUGAGAUUUAUGGGGUGCCUUCAAGACAUUUAUAUCAUAUAAACCCCUCGAGGCGAUUACGUGAUCUACCUGCACGACGGUUUAAUCUCGCGCUGCUCAGUACGGCUAUACUUUCAAAAUGCGUUUCGUCUUUUGGUAGUUGAUGAGUAUUCGUUCGUUCGUUCGUUUGUAUGUAUAAAUUGUACAUAUUUGAAAAUACUAUGUUCGUUGUAUGUAUUUAAUUUUAUAUACGACGAGAGCUUUCGCGAUGAUGAGCUUCUCUCAAUUGCGUAUAGAAUCGAAACGUGUUUUUCCGUAAAUGUGGGAGGGUUUGAAAAUUUUUCAUUUCAAAAAACGAUCGGUAGCGGAUGAUAUUUAUUUAAGACCGAAAUAACUUCAUCGUGAUUUCUUCUAUACGCGCACUGCAAGUUCGUUGAAAAAAAUUCGUUGGAUUGGUUCUGACAUCUGAUCAGGUAUAUAUUUAUAUUUUCUUAUUUGUAUAGGGAAUGAAGCAAAUGGAAUCACUUAUGUAUUGAAUGAUCAUGUACGAGAUGUGAUUUUAGGCACGAUGAAAGCAUAAGGAAGUGAUCGAUAAUGAGACUUGUGAUUGUCGUCUUAUUGCUAGUUUUCUUUUUUUCAAUUUUGAAUGCGAUGAACUCAUGGUAUGUAUUUAAGUACAUAUGUACCGCCUUUGUAUGUGUAUAUUAUGUCGUGUAUAUAUGUAUAAUGUAUCUAUAUCUAUAUAUUUUUUUUUAGAUCAGAUAACACAGAGAGUGAAUUAUGAUAAGAAACGAAAGAAAUGAAAACCAAAAUUUAAUUAGCAAAUAAAUUAAUUAUUAAUGUUAAUUGAAAAAACGAACAAAAAUUUGCAAAUCUAAACACGCACCUACGUACAUUCAUUCAUAUAGAAAUUAAUCAUCUCAUUGCAUUUACAUCCUAAAUAUAAGAAACAAUUACUUAUGUAUAUAUAUUAUAUAGAUAGGAAUUUCAGGUACGCAUGUCGCCUGGCCAAUUAUUUUUGUUCGAUAUCAUCGAAAUCGAACAUAAAUGAUACACUAAUAAAUAUACAUAAUUAGUUACGUAAUAAUUAUAUACGUAUUACGCACGGUUCGGAAUGGAGUGUGUUAAUUUACGAUUUGCAUCGUUUAGGAGAAAAUUAGAUGCAAAGCUAGAAAGAAACAAAAAGCCAAAAAAUCAAAAACCAAAAAAAAAAGAUAAUUUUUCAAUCGAAAGACCAACGUAUUAAUUCGAUGAUGAAUCAAUAAUUACGUUACACGUAUAAUAUAUGAAUAGAGAUGCAUUGAUAUACAAAAGUAUUUGAUCGGAAAUUUCAUGUUUCGAUAAUCUAUGAGUGUAGCGGGUACUGCAUAUUUAGAACUCUGAUAAAUAGAGCCAAAUGAAUUUCGAUCUCAUAUUAUUGUAGUUCGAUUUUAUGGAAAAAGGUUGAUAUAAUUAUAUAUAAUUAUAAAUAGUCGAAAUAAUUUUUGACGAUGAAAGUUUUUUCAGUCAUGGAGCUUAUUAAUCAGGCGACCAAUAAUAAAUGAAGUACCUUAUCUGUGUCAUGUGUUGUCGUACCAGCGUAAGUUGAAAAAUAAGUUAUACAUAUAUGAUAAAUUAUAUAGAUAUACAUCAUGUAAGAGAAGAACAAUUGGAGUAGAAAGAGAAUGAAUUUUAGGAAGGAAGAAAAUUUGAAAUACGCAAACGAAAAGUAUUGAAAGAAUUGUAAAAUUAUUCGAAUCUUGAAAAUUAAUAUGAUCAUCGUAGUUACACUUUUUUAUAGACGAGCGAGCAAAUCAGCUACAAAUUUGAAUUAUUAGUAUUAGCAAUUAUUAACGAUUAUCAUCAGUUUUAUUGUAAUCAUUGUAAUUAUUGUUAAAAUGCGCCUAAGGAAUAUUGUUAUUUUGAAUAAUGGAUUCGAAGGAUGCUAGUAUGAGAGAAAAAUUUUACAGAUUGAAACAAAGAAAGGAGGGUCGCUAGAUUGAAUGAAAAUUGUAGUUGAACUGAACAGCUUUAAGAGAAAAAGGAAAAGAAAAAAGAAA